AUGCAAGCCUUCGAGGUGGAGCUUCCCCCAAACCUGCAGAACCAGCAAGAAAGGCAGAGCAGGAGCUCCAGGUCGGCUAUCGAUGUGAGGCGACGCGUUCAUCUUCCUGGGUGGAUCGGUGUUGUUGUGGGAGCUCUAGCGAUUCUUUGUUUGAUAUGGCUUCUCAGUGGAGGCAAACACAUCAUCCCACUAAAGGCUGGAAGUGGUGUGCCUGGAGAUAAGGGUGCUUAUGUUGGAAUCAUUUCAAAGUUCGAGGGCAUGUGGUGCUUGAGUGGAUUGUGUGGUAGAUACAGCUUUGAUCCUCAAACUGGAUGGCUGGAGUCGUCUGAGAAGGAUGGAGGUACCGAGAAAGUUGGGCGGUUUCUUUGCAAAAAGAUACAGGAUGCGCCUCUGAAGUUUGUGCCCAAUGAUUUUUCAAAACUUACACACCUCCAUAUGGUUUCGUCAGAAGUGAUGUUUGAGAUCCAGAAGGAAGAAAAUGCAAAGGCUUUGUUUGUCCUACCUUCUCAGAUGAAUGGAGCUGAAUAUCCCUCUCACACCAGUGUCGUGGAACACGUUGAUGACUACAAGAAGGAUGACACGGGGGGACCCCGAGGGCAGCUGGCCUCACAUCCGGCGGUGGCGCAGUUUCUUCUGGACAAUGCAGCCAAUGCCAAGAACAACAACGGCGGCAUCAACGCCAUUCACGAGAUCGCCGACAUUCCUGGCUUUGAACUUGUAAAUGGAUAUUUAAAUGUCAAAGAUACUUACACGGUGGUGAUGCAUUUGGAGCAGCUGGAGGCUCGAUUAAAUACCUUGCGAACUUUGGUGAUGGAAGAUGUCCCGGCGAGGGGCUUGAAGCCAGACUUGAAAGGCUUUUCCAGAUCAAGCCACAAAGUGGGCUUAGUCUAUGCUUCAGCAGUACCAGUUGACGCAUAUGUGAACAAAGGCGGGGACACGGACUAUCAGAUAAAGGUGGCAGAGUUGAUUCUGCUUGCACAAUAUUAUGGUGCUUUGAAAUACGCAGCGGAGAAAGAGAAACAACACUUGGGUCCCCUAGAGGGACGCCCACCGCGAAAGGUCUUCCUGAUGCCGCUGGGAGGUGGUGCCUUUAAGAAUCCAUGGGAAAUCAUUGGCAAGAGCAUGGCGAAAGCUGUGCAGAUGCUCGAUGAAGAUUCCUUGAGGUUGCUGGACAUUUCUGCCUUGACCUUCGAUGAAAAGCCUUCAGAAGAGACAACUUUGAAACAAAUUAUGCAGAACUUGCAACCGGUCCAAGGACCCCAUUGCAUCCAGUCUGCUGCUCCGCGGCACGUGGGAGAAUUUCGUGACUGGCUCAGUGGGAAGGGGAGACCCCUGGCGGACGGCCUGGUGGCAGACCGUGCGGCCCUGGGCAUUUCUAAGCACAAGCGCACCAUUGGUGCCAUGGGACUUGUCACAAGCCUUUUAGAGCGCUGGCAGAGUCCUUCAGUGGAAGAGGAGGACGACUUGGACGACUCUGCCGAUGCAGCACGGAGAUACAAGCGGCUGCGAAAGCAUGCUGAAUUGUUUCAAGCAAAGAUUCCAGAGAGCUGGGUAGCUCCCGAACUUUUGGAGAUUGUCAACGCAUGCAAAGAAAGCGGCGACAAAAAGCCAAACGAGAUAUGUAGCCACUUGCGUCAGGAAGUGGAAGGCGUCUUCUCCUUUCCUUGCUUCAGCCAGGAAUUCGUGAAGCUCUUCAACGCAGAGAUCGAUAAUUUUUACGCCUCGAAGAUUCCAGCCAGGCGGCCGAACUCAAUGAACAACUAUGGAGUGAUCGUGAAUGAGAUUGGCAUGCGGCCCAUGAUCACUGAGUUCCAGCAGCGGUACAUUUGGCCAAUUGCAUCUUGGAGCUUCUUUCCCAGGCUUCCCAAUUUGAUACACAUCAUUCCUUCAUAG